UUCACACUGGUACUACUGUGAAGCUGCACAUAAACACAGAGGGACACACAAUGCUCAGCUGGCUGCACCGCGCACAAGACCCAUAACUUCGUGUCAAUUUCAGCCUUCUUUGUUGCUAUGCCGCAUUUUACUUCUUGAAUGUAUAUCAACCACCGCAGCCAAACAAUGAGGGGCAUCCUUAAGAGGAAGUUUGCAGAGGUAGAUGACAAUCCCUGCUACUCCUCCUCCUCUCCUCCGUCCUCCCUCUCUUCCCCUGCCUCCUCGGAGUGGGAGUCCGACGGGGUGAGCAGCCCCUCAGACGACCAGGAUUUCACGCCUCACAGUCCUUCUUCACCCACCAGUUUACCCAUUCGGUCCAUCCUGAAGAGGCCAAAGCUUGCAGGCACACAGAGCAACGUGCGCUUUGACCAUGUGACAGUGUUCAGUUUCCCACGCUGUCAGGGCUUCACCAGUGUGCCCAGCCGGGGGGGUGCCACCCUGGGUAUGAUGCGGAAGCACAGCACCCUCCACAGAUACACGGUGGCAAAGUACGCACUGGAGCAACGACACAGGCGCAGAGAGAGGCUCAGAGACAGACUGAGAGAAGAGAGGUUCGAGGCUCUGAAACAGAAAUUGAUCACCAGUGGGGCCAUUGACCAACGGGAAGCAGACAGGCUCACGGUGGAUCAGAUCCCAGAUCAAGACACUGAGGUCCACGUCAGUGAUGCUGAGCUGGGGGACGGAGGUUUCCUUCAGCCGUACUCCUCCAGACAGCGGCAGGCUCUGCUCCUGGCAGCCGGGGUGAAGCGCAUAGACAGGGAGGAGAAGAGGCAGCUUCACGCCCUGCGUCUCUCCAGAGAGGCCUGUGGAUGUGACUGCCGAGGCUUUUGUGAGCCAGAGACCUGCGCAUGCAGUCUGGCAGGAAUCAAGUGCCAGGUGGACCGCCUCAACUUCCCAUGUGGCUGCACUAAGGACGGCUGUGGAAACACUCAGGGGCGCAUCGAGUUCAACUCCAGACGUGUGCAGACUCAUUACAUCCACACCGCCAUGAGACUCGAACUGGAGAGGCGACUGCAGGAUGAAACACUGAGCCACGAGGACCAGACAGGACUUCCAGAGGACCUUCAAGAAUACGUGGACCAGGAUGAGGCCAACACAGUGCAGAGUGCGCAGGACAAGAGCUGCCCCUUUGGGUUCACCAUAGAGGAAGAUGGUCUUCCUCUCACCAUGCCCACCACCCCUUCCUUUCAUUUCAUCCCAGAGCGGUUGGUAGUGGAGGAGAACAGCUGCAGCAGCGACAUGACUGAGUCCUCAUGCUCCUCCUCUGACUGUGAAGCAGGAGGAAGCCUUAAUGGGAGUCAGAGUCUGCCUGAAGCUGAUGGAGGGUUGUCACGUGCCCUCAGCAUCUGUGACAAUAAUGACUACUCUACGUGCAGCCAGCUGAGGCACACAGGAGAACCACUGACGCAGCACAGCAGCACACCUACUGACAGUACAGGGCCACUGACAGCCGACACAUUCACAGACAAUAUGAGCAGGACCUCGCUGACAGAUUACCUCGAUGAGAAUGCAAACCAAGCCAGAGACCUUUUUGAUGACGACUCUCUUGAGGGCUUUCCCAACACUCCCUCCCCCACUGUGGACUAUUCCUUAGGAAGGUACAUGGACCUGAGUCUCUCCUCGGACUCCGACCUUGAGUUCUUCGACAUUGACUACACCUCCGGACCUCUGCACAGCUCUUUCAAACUACAAAGACACUCAGACAGCUUUUGCCAACUCCAGCUCUUCAGCUCUGUCAAUCUGCCACCUUACGAGUCGAGCACCUACCUCCUGGAGUCUCUGAUCGGCCUGACUGAACCGAGCGCGGAGUAGGGUUAUGCAGUCAGUGAUACUCAGAUUUUCUAGCUGAUUCAAGGAAUUCUAGUGAGAUAACAAGAAACUGUGUAAGAGAAUUUAAUGUGUGAAGCACUGCUUUUAUGUAUUUGUAAGAAUAUUUCACUGUACAAAAAAUAAUUGAUAAAAUAUUUUUUUCUUGCUGGAUAUUUUUUCUAUUGCCUAAAAAUAAUUUUGCCUUUGUAUAAAGACCACAGUUCAGUAAUUAAUAUAUUAUGCCUGUUUUUUUUUUCUGAAUCUAUAUAAUGUCUGACAUGUUAUUUAAUAUCUUUUGCUACCAUGGCCACAGAGAAUAUUUGGAUGUUUUAUUUUCAGCUCAGCUCUGAUGCAGCAGCCUCUUCUUUGCUCAUUGCAAGUUGAAACCCAUACUGGAAUGCCUGUCAAACAACAAUUUCUCCUAUUUUUGGAGUAGUUGUGUAAAGUUAUAUUUAUUACAAAGGUCACAACGGUAGUGGCAAUAAAGAGUUCCCAUUUAAAAAAAAGUAUUGCUCCUGAUAUCAACAAAAAUAUCCAUAUUUUGCCGGCAGCUGGCCAUGGUAUAAGAAGGACAAUCCACUUUGACACAUGCAGUAAUGGAUAAAUAACACUCCAGGUUGUGAUUUUUAUUUUUAUUUUAAAUAACUGCCUGGUUAUUUGUGAAUUAUCUCAUAUAUGCUUAACAAUAUGUUUUUAAUAUUUCUGUACUGGAGUAAUAAAAUAAAACAUUUUUAUUUAUUUA